UGUAUACUACAAUCCGCCAAUAACCCACGGGAGGCACGAUCCGCUAAUCACCAACGAGGGUACAUUCAAAGAACAUUGUUUUUGUCGUGCUAACAGGUUGAAUUUUUAAUAUCUGACAAGAACGUGUCAUUUAUGUGAUUGGCCAAAAGUCGUCGUUUUGUAUUACUCUUUCGUUCGUGAAUCUUUGACGUCGACUGCUUACGUUGCUGUCUUCUAAAUACAAAUACAUUAUGGUACAAAGUUUUCAUAGCAAAAAUUUUCGUACAGGUGAUGAAGGAUCCCAAUAUAAAUAUUUGUCAUUUGCCUCUUAACACGAAGCUACCUGAAAUAAUUAAGUCAAGAACGUCAGUCAGUACUUCUGUUUUGCACCCAGUUUUUUUCCCACCAUGGCAGCUCUGUUUCAAAAUUCAGAGUCUCUGCAGGGUAAACCUGCCGAAAUCCAGACUGCUUUGGAAGUAGAAAACCUUAAUCCAAUGCCAGAGACGAAGACAGGAGGAAGUAACAGGUUUAUGGGGGAUGGUGUUUUCUUGACAUGGGAGGAUUUGUGGGUCACAGUUCCAGGUGGAAAAAGUGGGAGCAGAUCAAUCCUCCAGGGCCUGACGGGCUAUGCUCGUCCUGGAGAGCUCUUGGCGAUAAUGGGUCCUUCCGGUUGUGGCAAGUCGACACUUCUUGAUACCUUAGCAGGGAGAUUGGCUCCGAACGCAAGGCAAGCAGGAGAUAUUCUUAUCAAUGGACGUAAACAAGCCUUGGCUUAUGGAACAUCGGCGUAUGUAACCCAAGACGAUGCCUUGAUUGCUACGUUGACUGUAAGAGAAGCUGUCUAUUACUCAGCUCAGCUCCAAUUGCCAGACACAAUAUCCAAGUCAGAGAAGAAGGAGAGAGCAGAAAUGACAAUCAGAGAAAUGGGAUUGGAAGACGCUAUGAAUACUCAGAUAGGUGGGUGGGGAGUUAAAGGAUUGAGUGGUGGUCAAAAGAGGAGAGUUAGCAUUUGCAUUGAAAUCCUGACACACCCAAAACUUCUCUUCCUGGAUGAACCUACUAGUGGGCUUGACAGUGCAGCUUCAUAUUAUGUGAUGAGCAGAAUUGCUAGCCUGAAUAGGAAAGAUGGAAUUGGAAGAACAAUUAUUGCAUCCAUCCAUCAACCUAGCAGUGAAGUGUUUCAACUCUUUCACAAUCUUUACCUCCUAUCUGUGGGCAAAACAGUGUAUUUUGGUCCUGUUUCAGCAGCAAAUGAAUUUUUUGCUUUAAAUGGAUUCCCCUGCCCAAGUCUCCAGAACCCGUCUGAUCACUUCCUCAAAACCAUAAACAAGGAUUUUGACAAGGAUAUUGAGCUAGGUUUUGCAAAUGGAAUUCCCACAGAGGAAGUAAUUAAUAUUCUGGUAAAGUCAUACAAGUCUUCUGAUGUAUACCAAGAGGUUCAGAAAGAGAUAGCUCAGAUUUGUAAACAGGAUGGUGGAGCAUUGGAGAGGAAUGAAAGCCAUGCUAGCUUCUUCACCCAGUGCCAUGUCCUUACUAGAAGAUCUUUCAUUAACAUGUAUCGCGAUCUAGGCUACUAUUGGUUGCGUCUUGUUAUCUAUAUUGCUUUAUCCGGAGCCCUUGCCACUGUGUUUAGCCACCUUGGGACGAGCUAUGGAUCAAUUCAGGCAAGAGGUUCUCUCAUUAUGUUUGUGGCAUCAUUUCUGACUUUCAUGGCCAUUGGUGGAUUCCCUUCUUUUGUAGAGGAAAUGAAGGUAUUUGAACGCGAAAGACUAAAUGGGCACUAUGGUGUAACUGCCUUUGUCUUGGGUAACACAUUUUCUGGUCUGCCAUUUUUGGCACUAGUUGCAAUAAUUCCAGGAGCAAUUGCUUAUUUUCUUCCUGGACUUCACAAAGGAUAUGAACACUUCUUGUUCUUUGUAAUCACAUUAUUUGCUUGCAUGAUGUUGGUUGAAAGCCUCAUGAUGAUUGUUGCAAGUUUGGUACCCAAUUUUCUAAUGGGUAUCAUAGUGGGUGCUGGAAUACAAGGUAUGAUGAUUUUGGUUGGAGGAUUCUUCCGAUUACCGGCAGACCUUCCCAAGCCAAUCUUGAAGUAUCCCCUAUACCACAUUGCUUUCCACAAGUAUGCUUUCCAGGGAUUGUUUAAGAAUGAGUUUGAAGGCUUGACAUUUCCUAACAUUCAAGCUGGAGGGCCACCAACUAUUGCAGGGGAAGAACUUCUAAAGCAAACAUGGUAUGUAGAAAUGGCAUACUCUAAGUGGGUUGAUCUUAUCAUCUUGUUGGCAAUGGUUGUUUUCUAUCGGUUUUUGUUCCUGACCAUCAUCAAGACAACCGAGAAGGUAAAACCUGUGAUUGCAAAAUUCAAGUCAGUGAAUCGCAAGGAAAGAGUGCAGAUCAUGGCAAAUCCAUCCGCUACACCUCCUAACGGGUAGAACAUGCAGUGCCCUAAUCAGUAUGUCUAAUUAUGACUGUAAAAUAGAAGUUCCUGUUCAAGGGGCUUAGAGUAUUUUCUAUCACUAGCUCCUCUAAUGACUGUAACUUGUAAGCACUCCCUCCGUCACAAAUUCUUUGUGUGGGCAAAAAAAUGGGAUGGAGGAGUAGAUGAUUUCAUGCAGGUAGAUCUGGAAGUAAAAUAUUGCAGCUAGCAAGAAUAAAUUAUCUAAACCAUAAAGCAAGACCAGACUUUAUGGCAAAUAUUAAUGACCAAUCUCAUAUUAUUAAAAUUUUUUUGGUCCACCGUAUUUAGGGGAAAGGGGAUGGCUUAGAUCGAACCCAUGCCUUGAUAUGCUUUGUUAUAAUGAAAAAUUUGAUAGUCUUAAUAAUGUUUGUCUUGAGAUGCUUGGUCGA